AUGAAUGCAAAAAAACAUGAGCCAUCCUUGCAAUGUCUUCCAUCCUGUGCCUUACCUCGGUCCCGUGUCUUCACCUUUCCUGCCAUCUUUAAAGCUUUCCAGGAGAAGCUAAAGGGCAGGCAUGUAAGUGCCUUUAAGAAGUCCACCUUGUCAGCUGAACCAGCUCACCAGAUGGAUCGUCACCAGUACCUAAGUCUGUUAGAGAUGUGCACUGUUGUGAGAGGUCCUGAGAACAGAUAUGGCUUUGCCAGCUUUGAAGAGAAAACCAGUAAUUCUUUACUUAAGUUCAAUCCAUUCACCCCUCCAAUAGGGAUGAUGUUGAGGUGCAGUGAGAUUGCUGAGGAAUCAGGUGACCUUUCUAAAAGAUGGAGCGAAGAAAAAGCAAGGGACUAUUUCUACAAGUCAAAUACUAAAAGUGAAGUUGAUGAAAAAGUUCCCUGGGAUAAGUUACCUUCCAAAAUCCAGCCUCCAGAAUAAGUGGAAGUGUUGGCUGAUCCUGUUUCCCAACAGAAAUACAAUCCUGAACCCCAAAUAACCCAAGUUGUUGGAGGCUUCUGGGACAAAUUUCAAACAAGAUCUUUUACCUCUCCACAGAGACCUAGAAAUUUUGUAAGCUGAAGGCCUUGAAUCUGUCAUAUCCCUUUGUAUACUGGCUGUGUUGGUGUGGGAAAUUUUGAAGACAUUGCCAAUGCCAAUGUAGCCUUAAUACCACUUAGUCAUGUGCAAACGUCAAAGCCUCCCUUUACAAGCACUGAAGACACUCCAAAUAUCCCUGGAUACACUGGCAGGGUUCAUUGGUCAGCAACUCACCCAGCAAAUUCUAAUCUUCCAUCAACAACCCCAUCAAUAAUUGCACGAAUGCAUGGAUACAUAGCAAAACACGGAAGCUCAUCUCAAUAUAAUCACCAGAAUUUUUCUCAAGCAGUGAUUCCAGUUAGACUUCAGAAUUCUUAUGACUAA